AUGGCAGAUAGACUUACUCAACUGCAAAUAUGUCUAGACCAAAUGAUGGAGCAAUUUUGUGCUACCUUGAACUACAUCGACAAGAAUCACGACUUCGAGGCGUCAGAAGCUGGAGAGGAUAAAAUGACAGAUCCGCAUGCUACAAUAGCAUCAAAAGAAGAUUUCGAUAAUACCAUCGACGAGCUUUCAACAGACCUUAUCCUGAAGACUAGGCAAAUCACAAAGCUGAUAGAUUCAUUGCCAGGAGUCGACGUGUCGGCGGAUGAACAGAUGCAUAGGAUAGAGGCACUGCAAAACCAGCUGGUGAAGAUGGAGGACAAGAAGAUGGAAGCUACAAAGCAAAAAGAGGAACUACUGAGAAAAGUGGACAGUAUGAUAGUUGAUUUUACUGUAGGGAUCGCUAACGCUCGAAAAUCAGAAACCCUUGCCGAAAAUGAGGUCAAUGUGACAGGACAAAGUGACAUGUAA